AUGGGCUCGUACAAAGAACGUACAGGCCCAAUAGAUCUGUCCAUUUCGGUUGCCGAACCCAGCAACAACCUCACUUUACCGUUAGUUGGACCUUACCUAGUCACCAUCCCCUGGUACGCCUGCCGCUUUCACUUUCCAGUACAACCACCGCCGCUGCUUCGAUCCCAAAACUCUCUCUUCCCUUCUUAUAAUUUAACUAUUUUUCCUUUUUGCUACUCCUUUAAUGGCUGCUGCUGCCUAAUGUUUCGCACUCUAAAAGAAUCCCCGAGAUUUUCAAUCUUGCUAAAAUCCCAAAAACUACAAUCAAACAUCAAUGGCGAUAUCUUCACCGCCGAGAAGCUUCUCUGUUUACAAAGGGAGAGAGGAAAACGAGGUGGAGGAAGAGAGCAAGUGUGGGUUUCUAGUGGUAGCUCUAUGCCCUUGUCUCGUUUGUUUUAUAAUUCUACUUAUCAUAGUCUCUAUCAUUCUCAUUGUCAAGUUCCAUUUCUUUUGCCACACUCCUCUUCACUCCAUUAUUUACAAGAAACAACAUUGUCACUAGCUUGUAAAUCCAAAGUUAUUAGAAACUCUCAAAAUUCACAAUCUCUUAGGGGUUUUUCUAGUGAUACUGAAAUUGAUGAUGACUGUAAUGAGGAUAACAAAUGUGAAAGUGGCAAUAAUGAUGGUGAAAAAAUUAAUUCAAGUGCGGACCCUGUGGAGGUUGAUAGAGUAUGCAAGGUGAUUGAUGAAUUAUUCGCGUUAGAUAGGAACAUGGAGGCGGUUCUUGAUGAAUGUGGGAUCAAUUUAUCGCAUGAUCUGGUUAUUGAUGUGUUGGAAAGAUUUCGUCAUGCCAGAAAACCAGCGUUUCGAUUCUUUUGCUGGGCUGGGGAAAAACAAGGUUUUGAGCAUGAUUCAAGGACUUAUAAUUCAAUGAUGAGUAUACUUGCGAAAACUAGACAGUUUGAGACUGUGGUUUCGAUGCUUGAAGAAAUGGGUGGAAAAGGGGUUUUGACAAUGGACACAUUUUCAAUUGCUAUGAGAGCUUUUGCUGCUGCAAAGGAGAGGAAAAAGGCUGUUGCGAUGUUCGAGUUGAUGAAGAAGUAUAAUUAUAAAGUUGGAGUUGAGACUAUCAAUCAUUUGCUUGAUAGUCUUGGGAGGGCUAAGCUUGGAAAAGAAGCUCAAGCGCUUUUUGAGAAUUUGAAAGGUAGGUUUACGCCAAAUUUGAGGACUUAUACGGUGUUGCUUAAUGGUUGGUGUAAGGUAAAGAAUUUGAUGGAGGCAGGAAGCGUUUGGAAUGAGAUGAUUGAUAAAGGUUUUAAGCCUGAUAUUGUUGCACAUAAUAUUAUGCUAGAAGGGUUGUUAAGGAGUAAGCAAAGGUCUGAUGCAAUCAAGUUGUUUAUGGUCAUGAAGGCCAAGGGCCCGUCACCUGAUGUUCGUAGCUAUACAAUUUUGAUUCGAUAUCUUUGCAGGCAAUCAAAGAUGGAAGAGGCAGUUGAAUAUUUUCAGGAGAUGAUUGAUUCUGGGUGUAAGCCAGAUGCUGCAGUUUAUACAUGUUUGAUCACAGGAUUUGGGAAUCGGAAGAGGAUGGACAUGGUUUAUGACUUGUUGAAGGAGAUGAAAGAAGAGGGUUGUCCCCCUGAUGGGCUGACUUACAAUGCCCUUAUUAAGUUGAUGACCAGACUAAAGAUGCCAGAUGAUGCUGCAAGAAUAUACAAGAAGAUGACUCAGAGUGGAAUUGAACCUACAAUUCACACAUAUAACAUGAUCAUGAAAUCCUAUUUUCAGACAAGGAACUAUGAAAUGGGCCGAGCAGUUUGGGACGAGAUGAGUAGGAAGGGGUUUUGCCCUGAUGAUAAUUCUUACACUGUUUUAAUUGGAGGGCUUAUAAGUCAGGGAAGAUCAGGGGAAGCUUGUAAAUACUUAGAGGAGAUGUUAGAGAAAGGAAUGAAAGCUCCUCAGCUUGACUACAACAAGUUCGGGGCUGAUCUAUCUAGAGGUGGGAAUCCUGACAUACUAGAGGAGUUGGCCCAAAGAUUGAAGUUCUCCGGGAAGUUUGGAGUCUCUAAUGUUCUUGCAAGUUGGGCUGGGAUGAUCCAGAAGAGAGUUAAAAGAAGAGAUUUGGCUCAAUAGAUGCUGGAAUGAGGCUGAUGAGCACCAGCACUAACAGUAUUCUGGUCAAACAAUGGUCGAGAGAUGGUGGUUUGACUUGUACAACUUAUACAUCUAUGGUUUAUGCCUGUAUAUUUUCCUAGUUACUGUAUCCUGUUUUCUUUACCCUUAUCCCUCUAAUGCCAGUUUUUUUUGUACCUUUUGUGUUGAAUAUUUUCUUCUUCUUUUUUCUUUUUUUUUUUUCCCUUUUAUUGUGGGUUGUUUUGCAUUUUCCCUCUUUCUUAGUUUUCUGUGGUAAAAUUCAUUGAAUGUAAAUAAGUCCAUUUUUAAAUGGCGGUGAAUUCUUUUGCUCCUCUUGACCCUUGAACAAGGAAAAGGAAAAGGAAAAGGAAAAAGAAAAAGAAAAAGAAAAAGAAAAAGAAAAUUAGUCUGCUCCUA